AUGGAGAUGGAAGUGGGCCCGGCGUCCUCCCGCGGUGCCGUUGCCAUGGAGAUGCAGCGCAGCGCUCAGUGGAAGGUGGAAGAAGAGAGCGAAGGCAGAACGCAGCUCGACGCCCAGGAGUAGGAGCGGCAGGAUCUCGUGCAGAACCCGGGACAGCGCCGGAGCCGCGCGCCACCUUUCUGUCCGGAGCACUACUACCUGCUCAUUGGGGAGGUGUCCACUGACGAGCAGCAACUGCGGUGUGUCGCAGAACACAUCAGACACGGAAUUUGCUCGUGGGACAUAAGCCUCACUUCCUGUGAUCUGGACCAGCAGUUGCAACUCUUUGUGACCCGACACUCUGCCCAUUUCUCUUCAAAGAUCAGAGGUCAAAGAACUCUACACCAUAAAGGUGAUGCCCUUGAAACAGUUGUCUUAGUAAAUCCAUCAGAUGAUACAGUUGUGUCUGAGGUCUGGUCCUUGAUCUGUGACACAUCAGUGCACAAGCUACUGGUUGUGAGUGGUCAGAGUACCGAACCAGGUGGGGACCUCAUUUUGCAAAGUGGAGUGUUCACCUUCCAGUGCUUAUCUGACAUUUUCACUGAUCCUGAGGUUCGUCAUCUGCUGGCCAGUGCAAGCCCACAGCAGAGGGCCCAACUCACACUGUUCUGGCAGGGGGAGGGGAACUGGGGUGGCCUGGGGCAACAGAAUCCUCUUAUCCAGGAUCUCCUGGAGUAUAGAUUAAACCCUGAACCUGUGCUGCAGGACAUGGAGGGGGUAACUGAAUUCACUGAGUAUAUCUCAGAAACAGUGGAUGUCCCAUCACCCUUUGACCUUCUGGAGCCUCCAACUUCAGGGGGUUUUUUAAAGCUGUCCAAACCAUGCUGCUACAUCUUCCCUGGAGGGAGAGGAGACUCUGCUUUGUUUGCAGUGAAUGGCUUCAACAUUCUUGUGGAUGGAGGUUCUGAACGAAAAUCAUGCUUCUGGAAACUUGUCAGACAUCUGGACCGCAUUGACUCUAUCCUUCUCACCCAUAUUGGGGCAGAAAAUCUCCCAGGAAUCAAUGGACUCCUUCAGAGGAAGAUUGCAGAGCAAGAAGAGGAGCAAUCCCAAGGUUCUACCACUUACAGCAAUUGGAUGAAGAACCUCAUCUCACCAGAGCUGGGUGUGGUGUUUUUCAAUGUGCCUGAGAAGCUACGAAUGCCUGAGUCUACAUUGAAAGUGAAACGGAGCAUUGAAGAGGCUUCCCUCACACUCCAGUACCUUAACAAACUGGGGAUCAAGCCUGAGCCUCUUUUUAGAGUGGUUAGCAACAUUGUUGAGCCCAUCACCCUUUUCCACAAAAUGGGUGUGGGUAGAUUAGACAUGUACAUUUUGAACCCUGUAAAAGAUAGCAAGGAAAUGCAGUUUCUCAUGCAGAAGUGGGCAGGGAACAGCAAGGCUAAGACUGGAAUUGUCCUUCCUAAUGGGAAGGAAGCAGAAAUAUCUGUUCCAUAUUUGACAUCUGUCACUGCUCUUGUGGUGUGGCUUCCUGCCAGCCCUACUGAAAAGAUUGUUAGAGUGCUGUUUCCAGGUAAUGCACCCCAAAACAAAAUUUUUGAGGGACUUGAAAAGUUAAAGCAUCUGGAUUUUUUGAGGUACCCAGUUGCCACUCAAAAAGAUAUGUCUUCUGGGACUCCUUUACCUGUUAUUAAACAAACAAAAAUAAAGCAAAGAACUGACAGUAAAGAGAGUCUUAAAUCUUCCCCAAAAACACACAUAACAAAGGGUACAAAAAGAGAACCUGAAGAUGAUGUGUCAGUGGCAGAAACCAAGAGUGACUCUAUCAAAGAAAACAAAUUUGAAAAAAAAGAGAAGAAGAUAAAAGAAACUGAUAGAACCACAAAACCUCUGAAGGCAUCUGACCCAGCAAAGCUGGAAAAAAAGAAACUCUUAAAAGAGAAAUCUGUUAAAAAACAAACCAAGGAACGGAUGUCAAAGAUGGAUGAGAAAAAGGAUAAAGAAAAGAAAGAGAUCAAGAAAGAAAGACGUGAAGUGAAGAGAGAUGACAUAACUAAAAAAGACGAGAAAAAAGACAUCAAAGUUAAAGAGGAUAAAAAAAAAGAUGCAGCUAAGAGUGAUCUUAGAAAGAUCACAAAACCUGAUCUUAAGCCAUUCAGCCCAGAGGUCAGAAAGACUCUGAACAAGGCUAAGGUUCAUACAAAACCGAAGACAGAGAAAACCAAAGAUAAAAAAAUGGUGAGGGAGCAAGCCAUUCAGCCAGCUCUGCCAGUUGGUUCAACCACAGAAGACACACCUUCAACUACAGAAAUGCCAGUGGUUGUAGAGAGCAGGUCCACUGUCUCUUCCCCAGAAGAUCUGACUAAGGACUUUCAGGAACUGAAAAAAGAAGAUAUUUCAAAGCCAGAAACUGAGCUCCUUCAUGACAACCCAACACUACCUGAGCAACUUGUAAAUAAUGCUGUAGUACCAAGCCCUUCUAUGGAGGGAGAUAAAAAACUGGUAAUCAUGUCUGUGACCAAAACAGACACAAAUCUCCCAUCCCUGGAGCCUGCUGAUGAGGGAAUAAUAAUCACACAUGUUGAUCCAGAAUCCCCAUGUCAGGCAAAGCAGAUUUUAAAGCAGGAUGAGGCUGGGCUACAAUCAGAAGGUGAGGAGAAGUUUCAGAGUGAGAAUGAAGUCAUAAAGAAGGAAGAGCAGAAGACAGAAAAAGGCAUGAAAGAAAUUGAAAAAAACAAAAUGGAGCCAGAACAGGAUACAAAACCAGGUUUUGAGAUCGACCAAAAAACGGGGAGUGAGAUUAAAGAGGUUGAGAGAGUGAACCAGAAAUUUGCAGAACAGAAAAAAGAAGAAAAACAUAUGUCACAGGUAGAAAAGACAGAGCUGUUUAAAAAGAGUGAACCUGAGGAUAAAGGGGAAGAGGAAGGGGAUUUAAUUGAAAAAGCAGAGGCUGAGGAAGCUGAGGGUCUAAAUUUGGUUGGAGAAAAUGAGAUGAAAGGUAAAAUUGAAGAUACAAAAGAGAAAUUCAACAAGCAGUUUGACUCUAAAUCAAAAGAGCCACAUUAUCCAGUAAAAGAGGAAGAUGGUGGUGUAUAUCAGUCCAAUAUAUGUGGUGCUACAGCUGCAGCAGAGAAUGUUUCUUAUAUCCAGGAUGAGACCAUUCCUGGUUAUUCUGAAACUGAGCAGACAAUUUCUGAUGAGGAGACUGAAGACAGAAUAACACACCUCCGUUAUGAAGUGAGUACUUAUGAUAUAUCUGUUCCUGAUGAACCAGGCUCUUUCGAUUCCAUCCAUGGCAUGAGAGAGAUGAAAGCAGCAGCUGUGCCUGAGGCAAUUGACUUGACAGCUAAGAAAGCUAUUGAGGGACCAGACCCAGCUUUAGUAGUGUAUUCCACUAAUAUUGUUGCUGCACCCCUAGCAGAGGAAGAACACAUUUCUUCAGCCACAUCUAUCACAGAGUGUGAUAAAUUAUCAUCUUUUGCCACGUCUGUUGCUGAGGAUCAAUCUAUAGCAUCUGUAACAGCACCUCAAACUGAAACUGAAACUGAAACUGGGAAAAGCUCAUCUUCUCUCCUGGACACAGUCAACAGCAUUCCUUCAUCUACUCACACUGAGGCUACCCAGGGAAAGGAGUACCUACACUCUGCAGGUACUAUUUCACCUACUUCAUCCUUGGAAGAAGACAAGUGUUUCAAAACAAGUCCAACUGAGGAAUCCCAGCCUAUUGUACCAGAAACAGUGAGCGGAAGAAAGAUCAUACAGAUGCAAGAUGAAGAAGAAGAGGAAGAAGAGGAAGAUGAAGACCAAACCCCAAACGCUGACAUUCCACUUAGCAAGCUCCAUGAAGGUUAUGCCUCUCCAUCUGUGCUACAUGAUGCAGGGAAAGAUUUUGACAAAAGCCAAUUAUCUGUAUCUGAUAAAAAUGGAAGUACACUUACUAAAAGACUUCCUUCUCCUCCGUCAUACUCUGCUUCUUUGAUGGCAGAGUCUAGUAUUUUCCCAGACAACGAAGACAGGUGUCUAAGUCUGGAGGACAGCACUAUGAAAAUGGCCUCCCCUACACAGUCUGGACCAGUCAGUCCAGGACAUACUCCUUUUCAUCAGUCACCUGUAGAGGAUAAGACUGAAGUGUCACCAGAGCAAGCACAAAAGAAAGCCGAGACAGAAAGUCAAAAAAUAGCUCCCACUGAGGAUGAGAGAAAGGAUGACUUGUGUGAACAAGUUCAUCUUGUAGAUGUGGACAAGUUUAUGGCAUUUGAAAAAGACACUGUGUUAACAUCUAUUGCACAAAAACAGGAGACAGGGGUUGUCCUUGGUAUCAAGGAAGAAGCUCAAGAAAAACAAGAGAUUAAAUUUGAUGUAUCUGAUGAGUUAACACAAAGUAAAGAUGUGUCUCAAGCUGAAACCGAUCAUAAGACUGAUUCUCAGAUACAGGACAUUGUUCGGGAAAGGGUAAAGUUUGAAGAAACAGAUGAUGAAGAAGAGGAAGACUGUAAUGGAAAGGAGGUCAGACUGUGUAGUAAAACUAAAUUCAUUGAGGAAAAAGAGAGUAGGUUCCUAGAUGAUGAUGACAUUUAUGAAGAAAAGUCCCCCAGUGAAGGUGUAAUGGAAGAAUUAGACAAAAGACAAGAAGAAUACAAAAUCUUUGUAUCAGCUUAUUUACAGACCACAACAGCUGUGUCAGACAAAACACAGGAUGUUUCUUUUAAGGAGAAAGAACGUGAACCUCAGGCUUUGUACUCAGAAGAGGAAGAAGCCGUAUGUAAAGGUGGAGCAGGGUCAAGACCAUUGUCACUGGAGCAUAGUCAGUUAGAUUAUAUGACUCAUGAUACUACAUCUGCACUCCUAUCCCAGAUUACCUUAACUAGUCAUAUUGAUUUUACUGAUAAACUUGGUGACACAUUAUGUAAAGAGGAAGCACUCCCUACUGAUGCCAAAGAGCAAGUGACAUAUGUACAUGAAAUUUCCCCUGAACCUGAACAUGACAGAACAUUCCAAAAUAAAACAGAAACGAUAUCAUCAGAGGCUACAUAUAGCCACUCGAUUAUUCAUCCUACCACAAAGACAUCUGUAGGUGAGGUACUGUCAGUCUCAGAAAAGCUGUGUAUUGCUCAGGAACCCUACGAACCCAAAGAGCCGUUUCCCGAAGAAGAUGACUAUCACACCAAAGAAAUAGUGAGUCGAGCUGCUAAAGCAGAUGAGAAAUCAGAGAUGGAGAGAAAUUGGCAGACAGAGAAAAAACACAGGGCUGCAUCACCGUCACCUUCUUCAUGUUUCCUCCUAGAAAAAGAAGUGACGGAAAAGUCUUCAGACAAGGAAAAUGAUACUGACGAAAAGUUAGUUGCAAAGAAUGAUGAGUGGGAAUUAAAGGAGAAACUUCAUUAUUCCAGUGGAGGUGACCAAUCAGAAAAGACAGAUAUGGAUGAAAAGAUUACACUUAAACCAUCAGCUAAUGGAAGAGAUUAUGAAAUUGAAGCUCCAUUUCCACUAGUAGAAGAAAAGAAUAAAAAUGAUGUCUGCUAUUCGCCACCAUUAGCUAAAACAGAGACAGGAGUUAAUUUAAGUCCUCAUGCUUUCCUUCUUCAUGAAGAUCAUGAGCAAGGUCAGAAGGAAGAAAGUGAACAGGAGAUCAGACAAGAUACCCCUUAUGUACAUGGCAAGACCUUUACAUAUACUGAAAUUUAUGAACACAAAUCAGCCACAGAGAAGGAAUCAUAUUCAUUUGCUUUAAGUCAUCAGCAAGAGCAUUCUGAUAGCUGUGACAAAGACACAUAUAUGGAAGAGAUAAGAAAAACUGACCUCUCACCAUCCUACCCAGAAGAAUAUAAAGAUAAAAAUGAGAUGUCAUCCAAAGCUGGUACAUCUCUCUCUAGCACAUACCACAAAGAAGAACUGCCAUCAGUAGCAUCAGGACAUUUUAACCUGGAUGCCCACCUCUGUAUGACUUCCUCUCAGUCCUAUGUUUUUGAGAAAAGAGAGAGAGAGAAUAUCACAGACAAAGAGAAGCAAUCUGCUAAGUCAGAGAAAGAGUCACAUAAGACUGAAAAACAUGGAACAUGUUCUAGCCACAUUUCACCUGACCACAAAGGUCUCAUUUCAUCUAUUGCAAAAACUGACAGCCACGCCAGCACAGUUUCGUACACUGUACCCUUAGAGAAGUCUUUAAAUAACAUUCUUGGUUCUGAGUACACUUGUCAAGCCAGUUCUGCUGCAAGUCAGUCAAUAAGUCACUAUGAAAAAGAGGAAGCUCUGCAUAGGGGAGAUAUAACAUUAGUAACGGGUGAAGAUUAUGAAGACGAUGAUGAGGAGGAGGAUGAUGAUGACAAUGGUGGUGAUGAAGAAGGGACAGGAGAAGAGGAGGAUGCCAGUGACUCAGAUUUGGAAAAGGGUGCCAAAGAGACAUCUGAGAAGGAAUCAAAAAGUCAAUAUGGUGCUGCUGCUGCAUUAACACUCCCAAAAAUUGAAGCAAAGGAAGAUAAGAAGGAGGCCAUUUCUUACAAACAGGACUACAGCACUGAAAACCAAGAUAAACCCUCAAUGACCAUAGCAAUUUCUGAGUCCAUUAACAGCAGCAGUAUACAAAACAUAAAGUCUGAGGAUUCUAAAGAGAAACAUACUGGGGAAACUACCUUUCUCUUCACUGGAGGCUGCAAUGAGUUAAGAUCCAUAAACUCUAAGGAGCACUCUCCUGGGCCUGACUAUUAUUGUGAAGACAGUAAGGACACUCUCCACUCCAGUCAGUCAAGAGGCAAAGAUGAUUUUCACAGUCCUGAUCAUUUAACUAAGGAAUGUGAAGGAAAGUACUAUCGUAGUGAUAAAGAAACCGAUAAAGACUUUCUGUUGGAAAAAGAGAAGUCAGCUGAGAGUGAAAAACCUGUGGAUGUCGAUCCCUUAGGUUUCACCUACACCACCACAUUUGCCACAGCAUACUCUUCUUCUUCAUCUUACACUUACUCUUCCUCCACCCCUGCAUCUCUGUCAACUAGCCGUCAGUUUGGAGAGGAGCCAGACACUCCUGCUGUUGUUUCAGAUUCAUUUUACAAGCUGGAUCCAGACAGUGCUGGCUUAGAAUACUCCUCUUUCAAAGAGGAGCACUCCCUUGUGAUAGAUUCACCUUUUUCAAGUUCUGGGGGGUUGCUGAAAGAUGAAUAUCUAGAGGUUUCAGAAAAGCAGGCCACCGGUACCACAGCUGUAGAGACAACUUCCAGCCUUACAAAGUUCUCCACUCUCAGUCCAUUUGAUGAGACAAGUCCCAGUUCUUCAAUGGAUGAUAAGAAGGAGACUCUGCAAGGCUCCAUAAAGGACAACAGACUGCAUACCAAUCUCUUUUAUAAGCCUGAAUGGGUCGAUGACUCCAGGUUGUCUGAAAGUUCUGAAGCAGUCUACUCUCAGCUGUUGCAGUCUUCUGAGAUGGAGUCUAAAGUACAAGUGUUGCAUGAUUCUUCCUCGCUGCAGGAAUCAAAUUUAUUAUACAAACAUGUUUUAGAAGAAGCAGAAGAUAGUGAGGAAGAAGCUUAUCCAUGUGAAAAGGAACAGUUUACUGUUCCAAGCCCAAAGGAAUGCCAAAGUUCUCUACCCAGCCAAGGUUAUCUAGAUAGGAAACCACAGUCCUUAUCUGAGCAGGUGUUUGGCUCAACAAUCAACAACACAAGCUCUCUUCCUGAUGCCCUCAUGUCUCCCCAACAGGAGUCUGUACAGUCAGCAACAGCAAAUGGACCCACGGAAGUAAACUUAAGUCCACCAGGAGCUCCCUGUGCAACAGAACAAAACUCUGGUGCAGAACUGUCAAGUCUGGGUGAAGUAGGGAGAAGUGUAGGGAGGGGAAAGGAGGAGGAACAGAGCAGACCAUUUGGGCAUGAAGGACAAAAGCUUCAAGAAGCAUCUGAAAUUGCUUCAUCUUUGCCAUAUAAAGAAGAGGAUAAUGCAGAACAUGAAGAGUCAGAGUGUCCCACUCGUCCUCUGUCUCUGGGAUCAACUGAUACAGCCUUUCACUCUUCCUUCUACACAGAAAGACUGAGAAAAUCAGAUGACUCUGACCUUCCUCCAGAUGUCUCUGUGGGAGCCUCUUCCUGCAACUAUUCAACCUCCCCUGAAUAUAAACAACUCAAAGGAGAGAUAUCCCCAUCUUUCAUUAAUCCAAGCCCACACCAACUUUCCAGUGAUGAAGAGGAAGACCAGAGAGGCAGCCACUCACAAGAAGAUGAUAAUCAUAAAUCAUCCAAAAGGAACUCUCAUAGACAAGAGAGCUACCAUAUCUCCAGUCAGCUUGGUGAUGGAAGUGGGUCUCACCAUUUCCCUGGCACAAUGGCAGCUGGCCUAGGAUUAGCUGGAGAAGAGACUCCACCUACUUCUGUAAGUGAAUCAUUACCCUCACAGUCUGACUCUGAUGUUCCACCUGAGACUGAAGAGUGCCCAUCCAUCACUGCUGAGGGUAACCUGGACUCAGAUGAAGACACAGAGCACCUGCCAGUGGAUAAAUCGUCCUCCUCCAGUGGUGGAGGUAAUCAUCAUUCACCCUCACCCAGAUUAUCCCAAGGGUUUCAUGAUCCACCACCCGCACCCCUGAAGGACCCAUUCCCGCAUCCCCCACAUCCAGAUGUUUGUAUGGUGGACCCAGAGAUUUUGUCCAGUGACCACAAUCGUGGCGAUAAGCUGCUCAGAAAGGAUCUGAAGACUAACAAAGGUGUACGGAAGUCACUUGGGAAGCCAAAGUCAGCUUCCCCAGUUCGUAAAACUGAGACUAGAGUUAAGAAAAUGUUCACAUCAAUAAAGCCGGCUUCUAAGGACUCUUUACCGCAUACUUCUUCAAUAAAAAAACAACAGUCAGAGAAAUUAUCCAAACCAAGCAGGUCAUAUGAUAACCAGGGAUCCAGAGGAGAAGACAGGGAUGAAGUGUCCAGAUCUAGCCAAAAUCCAGGAAGAGGACUUGUGAAUGGCGUCAAGAACAGUGCAGGUUCUAACUUUCAGAAGUUGGGUUCAGGUGUGCCCCCUGGACCACCUAUUUAUGUAGACUUGGCCUACAUCCCCAAUCACUGCAGUAGCAAGAAUCUAGACCAGGAGUUCUUUAAACGUGUGCGUGCAGCCUAUUAUGUGGUGAGUGGAAACGAUGCAGCCAAUGGAGAACCAAGCCGCAGAGUACUGGAUGCUCUGCUGGAAGGCAAAGCCCAGUGGGGCUCCAAUCUCCAGGUUACAUUGAUCCCCACCCAUGACACAGAAGUGACCCGUGAAUGGUACCAACAGACCCAUGAGAGGCAACAGGAUCUCAAUAUUAUGGUUCUGGCCAGCAGCAGCACAGUGGUCAUGCAAGAUGAGUCAUUCCCUGCCUGCAAAAUUGAGUUUUGAGCUCCUUCCUUCAGCUUUCUUCCCUGUCUCUCCAUCUAUGCUACCAGUGUCUUACAUGGGUUUGAAUAUAGAAACUCACAGGUUGCUGGUGAUGACAAUGACGACAAAGCCUCUUGUUUUUCAUGUACAUUUUAAAGGGUUAUGUAUAACUUGUUAAUAUUAUUGUUAUUUCCCAGCAGACUAAUGGUGGCUGUAUGCAUUGGUUUUGGUUUAUAAAUACAAAACAUUACAAAACAACACAGAUGUCAAAUGAUAGGGCAUCCAGAAGUUGGGGCAAUGCUGCAAUGAGUAGCAUGUCUCCACAGGGCUUUGCAAGGUGGAGGACCCAGAAGAAACAGAUUUAUAUCCUAUGUUAUGCCAUGUUAUGCCUUUUUCCAAUAAAAAUUAACUGGACCCUGUUCACGGCAUCACUAUACUAUCUAGCCAGCAUCCCAGUCAUUGUUUCACUUAAAACUACACUAAUUUCCUUGUCUUAAUCCCAGGAUAAAUUGGUACUAUUAAUCUGGAAAUGGCACCCAGACACUUGUAGGCCAAAUUUAAAUGCUGUAAUUGUCUACUAAUGACAGCAAGGAAAAGGUUGAGCUUUCAAAACUGAUUUUCCAACAUCUCUAUAUACAUGACAGCUCUUAGGACAGCCCUUAUACAACAAAGCAGAAAAUACAAAAUUACACAACUAAAACAGUAAGUAGGUUUCUAAUCUUUGAAUUUGUGCCAGACAUUAAAAGGUUUUGGAAUGUUCAAUUAAAUGCCUUGGUUUGUGGUUAUAAUAUAGAAGUCUGGUGGAUGUAAUAAUUACAAAAAAUUAUGUUUAGGAGUUCCCCACCGGUUAUAUUGUUUAUUCAGUACAUUGUAGUUUCAGACAGGUAGUUAAAGCCUAAUUAAAGGCCAAAAACCCUAAGAAAUGUAUUCUUUGUAUCGCUUUUGCUCAGACCUGCAUUACACAAAACUGAAUCAUUGUAAAAGGUUCAGUGUAAAAUAAGUGUUUUUGAGAUGUAUCAAUGUAGAUGGUCUGCUGUGCCCCCUAGCUGAGCCUCCUUCUGUUUCUUUCAAGAAAGACUAAAAAUAAGUAGAGUUGCCAUUGUUGUUUUUCAGCCUUGAGUUAUACGAUGCAAAUUGUAGUGUCUCUGAUGUGGAAUUAAUUAAAACAGUCUUUUUUGUAGAAAUGACUGGUACACAAAAUUGUUUCUCGUAAACACAUAAAUAUGUGCAUUCUACUACCAGAGCAAUUGCUGUUAUGUGGCAAUAUUACAGUGGUUACUUGGGCACAUUAGUGAGGCUACUUGCCUAGACAAUAUUGUCUCUCUCCAGCAAGUGGAUCAUGUCCAAAGCUUAAACAGCCGUUCAAGGUUAUCAGUCACGCAUUUUUGGGUUGGAUUAUUGCAGAUGUAUAGAGUUGUUAAUAUCUUUGAAUUUUUGAAAGCACAGGAAGCAUUAUCCCAGGCAACACAAAGGGAAUCUUGACGUGUGUAUCACCACUCCAGUUGAACUGGUCAUGUGUCUGCUGGUUUGUAAAGUCUAUCUGGACUGGAUUUUGUUAUAAACAACAACAUGUUGGAGGGAACAUGUGGGGCAUGGACUUAAUCAUGGUUGUUGGCAUUAGUAUCACUCACAUGCGUGAGCUUCAGCUCUGGAGUGACAUUUAGGAAGGCCCUGCUGGAUGGCUUCUUCUUACCCAUGCAGAACCAGGCCAUAGUUCAGUAAAGUUAAAGGAAAUGUCAGCCCUCAUGGGAUUAAUUGCUUAAAAAUUUCUCUAGAUAAGCAACAUUUUACUCAAGAAUAAUGUCCUUGCCUGGGUCAAGGCUGAACAGAGGCCUAUGGCAAAGGUUUGAAGUGAGAGAAAAGCACACACAGGAGGGAAUCAGUUAAAGGUGAUUUUCACAGUCAUGUGAGCAAGUAGCUGCAAGUGAGUCUUUGAAAUAUUACUGCCAAUGUACUAAAUGUAAAUAUGCUUUAAACUGAUGCAGCUAAAUCAUUGCUAGCCCUAAGUGUGUAUAAAUUUGAAUGCUUUGGGGUUGUUUGCGGUUGGCUACAGUUGCACGACAGGGUUUGCAUAUGUCAGCUCUCAUACAAUUUUCUCAGUAAAUGUAUAAUUAGUAGUUUUUUUAAUGUUUGUAAUACAUGUUAUUCAUUGAUAUUUGUGUUUCAAUUAUGCAGUUAUAUUUUAAAAUUCAGUCGCUUCUCAACACUAGUUGAGAAAUGAUGUUUGUUAUAUUUGCACUAAAGUUUUAUUUUGGAAAUGGGAGUGUAGCAUCAAGGUGCCUCUUUCACAGAGAGAACUCCUGUAUGCGUCCUUUGUCCGCCUCCUUGGGAAGGUGAUGUACAACAGUGAUUCUUCGUUAAACUGAUCCAGCAGAUGAAAUGUGGAACAAAAUGUAGUUUAUAGUGUGUGUUGGGAUGGAGUGGCAUGGGCUUGUGAAGGCAGGCUGGGGGUCACUUUCACCUGAUCCAGCAGGGGAGUCUACACAAGAAACCAUGCACUAGAGCACUCAGUGCAAGGUGUCUUAAAGACAUGCCUUAGCAAAUUAGACCUGUUGGACUUUUUUGUGUCCCAAGACUGAUAUCAUGCACUCCAGCCUAACCCCAUAGAAAAUACAUGCUUUUUCUUUCUUUGUGACAACAGUGAUUUACUUUGGUCGUGUGUUUUCUUAGUUACUGUGAAAUGAUCGGGCUUUCCAGUUCAUCCGCUUAUGUGUCCGAAUACAGGGGGCAUGGUUAAAAAAUUAUGUUCUUCACACUAGAUACCAAAAAACACAACUUUUGCUUCUACUGUUGAAUCCCAGAAAUGCACCUCGCACAGCCACAGCAACUGGUAUUAGACCCCAAAACCACAGGUUUUGUUUCUGUCAAAAGAUCCCAUAAAUUUGCAAUUCCUAGCACUUCUUAACUACUCAGAACCAUGUGCCCCAGUGAAUAACAAAAUAUUUUGCAGUUCCAGAGGCACAAUCUCUCACUUGAAACGACAUUUUUGAAUGUAGCAAUGCAAUGCUAAUAUAUGCUAUUAAUGGAUGAAUGAGUCAUGUAACUCAACGUGUUGGUAUGGAAAUGAGAAAUAUGACCCGCACUGUGAUCUGGAGCUUUAACCGUGUGAGUGGGAAAAUGUGUCAUGGGCCCUGCAGUUUUGGUGAUGGAAUGGGGCCCACGAGUGUGAUGUUAGUGUUUCUGUAAAGACUAUGUUUGCUGUGGUUAUGCAGCUUUGACAGGUUAUUUACAGUGAGAAAAAGAAAGCCCUUUAGUCAUGAUGACUUUUGGGGAGGUUUAAAAUGUAUUGUCACUGCCCUUCCAACAAAUUCUUGAUGCAACCACCACAAGGGUUGAGAUGCCCAAACUGAGCUUAUACAAAACACGUAAAAUAAACAUGCAUAGGCUGCCAGAGGAAAACAUUCUUUUUAGCAGAUACAAAUGUGCUGCAAUUCAUUUUUUCAAGAAAAAAGUAAAUUGUUCACAUGAACACCUCAUCGAGUCCUGUGCAAAGUCAGCUCUCAGUCGCAAUAGAAAAGCCUCACCUGAUUGAUCAGAUCAAUGGCAGCCAGAGGGUUCUGCUUGUUCAUGCAUGUGAUCUCAUGACUUAUAAUCUUAUAUGUAAUAGCUAAAGAGGAAAUUAAACUAAAUGUUUUUAAAAUGGUCUUAAUGGUACCAAAACGGCACAUGUGGCCUGGCUGUGUAGUCAAGAAGGCACUGUGAUAGGUAGUCUGUGCUGCGCUGUAAAAUUAAUCUUAGUUCAUCUGUUCUUUUUUUGUGUGGAAAAACUCUCUGUAUCUCUUUAAAUUUAAAGUAUAGAACUAAUUGAACUACUGAAAUUAAUGGGGAAACAUCCUGGUGUUCAAUAAA